AUGGAGGCAACCUCAGUCCCUCUGAGUCCAAAUAUAUCUUUGAACCGCCAAAAAGCUGACAAUCCAAGGGUCGCUGAUGAAGGAAUAAGCGCUGAUGAGAUCGCUCUCUACGACCGUCAGAUCCGCCUCUGGGGCGUUCAAGCACAAGAAAAAAUCCGAAAUGCCAAAGUUGUCCUCAUCCGAAUGAAGGCACUUGCCAAUGAAGUCGCAAAGAACCUAGUCCUUGCCGGGGUAUAUUCACUUACAAUCGUGGAUCAUGAACUCGUAAGCGAAAGUGAUUUAGGCGCACAAUUCUUUGUAUCAGAAUCAGAUAUUGGAAAAAAUAGAGCCGAGGCUGCAGCAGUCCAAGUCCGAAAGUUGAAUCCAAGAGUCCAAGUGAUCGUAGAUCAGUCAGACAUACGAGAAAAGCGGGCGGAAUACUUUGGCGCCUUUGACAUUGUGAUUGCUUUAGAUCUCCAUCCUAACACCCUGAAUAUAAUCAAUACCGCUACUAGAUUGAAUCAUAAGCCUUUCUAUGCCGCUGGGGUACAUGGUCUCUAUGGGUUUCUCUUUUCCGACCUUAUCCAGCAUGAUUUCGUGGUGGAGCGAGAAAGGGGCAAUCGAAACACAUCCGUUACAACUGAAACUAGGACUAGAAGUGUUGUGGAGGUGAAGGAAAAGAAAGAAAAUAGUAAGACCUUCGAGCUAGUUAGCAAACGCGAACUUUUCUCUACAUGGUUCCUAGCCAGCGACGUUGCUGGCCUGCCGGAUGAAUUUCUCAAGAGAAGAAAUCGAUUGAAAGCCGUCACGCCCAUUCUUUCCUGCUUCCGAGCUCUAUGGAAUUUUAUUCAAGUCCAGGACCAUUACCCCCGAACUGCCGACGAUUUGAAGCUCUUCACGCGCCUCGCCACCCAAAAGCAUAAAGCCCUCGGCCUUCCUGAUGAGACAUUGCGAUCCGAAAUUCUUCGAAAAUUCCUCCAAAAUAUUGGUACAGAGAUCGUUCCCGUCACUGCCAUACUGGGUGGCCAGCUUGCGCAAGAUGUCAUUAAUGUUCUCGGUGCUCGCCAGCAGCCAAUCCAAAACAUAGUUAUCUUUGAUGGCUAUUCCAUAGAAGCGCCCGUGUUUUCACUUCACCCUGAAGGUAUGCUUGGUGAGGCUCUGCUUCCUAUUUCGACCAUGGUGGACAAGAGCCCCGUGGCCGCUGGGGAAUCUCAUGCCCCAUGCAAUGGCAUACAGGCGGAUGCACAGUAA